AUGAUCGCUACUUAUAAUGCACGUAAUCUUGCAUCGGAAGCGGCUAUCGAAGAUUUGAUAAUAGAGGCUAGGAAGUUUAUAUACGCCGUCGGACUCACCGAGACGAGGCAACACCACCUAGUGAAUGCUAUAUAUGAAACUAGGAAAGAACUGUUCUUAGAAACGUACGAUACUUGCGAUCUGAAUCGGAGUCUACCAAUGAGAAGAUGUGGUCCAGUGCCAGCUUUCACAAUCUUUGUCGCUUACUCUCUAACAUCAAGCUACGAAGAAGAAGAAGAAGAAGAAGAAGAAGAAAUCGAAGCCUUCUAUAUGAACCUAGAGAAGUUCUAG